AGCCAAACCCCCCCUCCAUUUUCCGGCGACCGACCACACCACACCCUUCUCGGCACGGCCCCCUCGCUAUAUAGCCCGCCUCCCCCUCUCCGCGCCGCCACGUGCUCGCCCCCGCCGCCGCCGCGCCGCAUUCGCAUCGCGCCGCCGGGGCCUGCUUACUAGACGGACGGGCUGUGGACUGGAGUAGGCAGCGGCGAGGGCCCCGUCGCGAAACCCUAGCCCCCGCCGGGGGCGGUCGCGGGAGAUGGCCUCCUCGCCGCCGCGCGCCCCGCGGCGGUUCCUCUUCGACCUCAACGUCGCGCAGGAGGAGUUCGAGGAGGAGCCCGAGGAGGCGUUCCAGGAGGUAGUGGUGGAGGAAGUCCCGGCGGAGCAGCACGAGGAUGCGGCUGUUGAGGAAGAAGUCGUGGAGGAGGUGAUCGAGCGCGAGGUGGAGGACUUGCAGGAGGAGCCGGCGGAUGAGGUGAUCAUGGAGGAGGAGGAUGAUGAGGAGGAGGAAGCGGCGGCGCUGCCGCUUCCGGCGGAUGAGAUGAUGGGGGAGGAUGAGGCGGGGGAGGGGGAGCCGGGGGGAAGGAAGAAGCGGAUGGACUACGAGGUCUUCGUGGGCGGGCUCCCGCACGACGCCGCGGAGGAGGACGUGGCGCGGGCGCUGUCGAAGGCCGGGGAUGUCGAGGAGGUGCGCCUCGUCCGGGAUCCGGCGGACCAGCGGCUCAACAAGGGAUUCGCUUUCGUCCGCUUCGCCGCCGCCUGGCAGGCGCGGUGGGCAGCCGAUGACCUCCGCGAGGCUACGAUCAAGGGAAAAGCAUGCGGAAUAUGCAAGAACAGUGAAAAUGAGACCCUUCAUGUUCGGAAUAUAUGCUUUGAUUGGUCAAAAGAUGAUUUAGCUGAGAAAUUGAAACCUUUUGAGUUGGAGAAUCUGGAUAGAAUUAACCUAAUCGAGCACCCGGAAAGAAGGGGGAAAAACAGAGGCUACGCAUUUCUUGACUUCAGAACACAUGUGGAUGCUGUGGCUGCUUUUCUGAAACUACAGGAAAAAGAUCUAUACCUUGGUACUGAUUUUAGAGCACACAUAUCAUUUUCAAACACUCUUUCACAAGAUGAUGAGAUCAUGGAAAAGGUGAAAUCUGUUUUCUUGGAUGGCAUACCACCUCACUGGGAUGAAGACAAAGUGAGAGAAAUGUUCGGAAAAUUUGGUGAAAUUGAUAACAUACAGCUUGCUAGAAACAUGUUCACUGCAAAAAGGAAAGAUUUUGGUUUCAUCGGCUUCACGACAAGAAAGUCAGCUUUGGAUUGCAUUAAGAUGGUCAAUAAAGAAGGUGUUGGUGAAGGCAGUGGAAAGGUUCUAAUAAAAGCUAGUUUACAAAGGCCAAGACAUGCUUUCAAGAAGCAUUCCUGGCAGGGCUCUAGUUCCAUGUUAGGUGUCAGAAGAGGAUUUGUAGACAAAAGUUCGAGUAGCAGACACCACUCGGACAGAUAUAGGCAUUUCGAAAGGCGUGUCUAUUCAGAUAAUCAUGCUCGCCGUCACCGCUCUGUGGAUGUUGAUGAAAGGCAUGUUUCUGUGCGAGGAUACAGAGAUUACUAUCGAAGGGAUUCUGCAGCGCAUGCCCCAAGCCAUAAAUAUGGAAGGACAAAUUCAGGGACCAGAUUCAGGGAAUCUUAUGCAGAUAGCCGAUACUCUAGUAAAUAUCCAAGAGAUAGGCAGGAAAUGCAUGAAGAACAUAUGGGGCAAGAUGCAUACCGUAGGAGCAAAUAUGGACAUUCGUACCAUGAUAGGGCGCAUAGGACUUCUUGCCCAGAAUGUAAUUUGAGUGCUCAAAAUUGCGAUUACCCCAAUGGCGAGGAAUUUUCUGCAACCAGUGGUGAGCAGGCCUACUAUAAGACGGGCAACCAGUUGAUGCCUAAAAAUUCUUCUGUGAUGUGUGAUUGUGAUGAUUGCUAUAUUGAACAAGAGUCAACUCUUAGUCCAAGUGAUCAUGCCAGAACUAGAUCUAAUCUUAAUCGCCGGUCUGUCAAAUCUUCUCAUGAGCAUCGGAGGUUUGCGCCUGAUGAGCAUUCUGCUUUUGAGGUUGAGUACACUGUCAGAGAAAGCCGAAGCCGGUAUUUGUCUUCCAAAGAUGCUCCCAGUACCCAAUCCAGGAAGCACCAUAGGCCAGCAAGUUAGGCUAACUGUCACAAGAUAGAAGAAAACCUCCUAGCAGCUCGCUUUUGAUACUUUGUAGUAUGAUGGAUAUCCUCGCGCGGCUAUGACAUCCUGUCGUGCAGCAGAAUCUGCUUCAAGAACAGCCGUAUACCGUUCUUAAGUUAUAACCAAAUAUCCUUUGCCCUUUUCUCGGUCCCAUGUUUGUGCGUACAUCUCUGGAAA